GCUGUGUCCUUCCUCUCUGCCUGUCAGCAAAGCUAUUUUGCAUUGCAGGUUGGGAAGACAAGGCUGAAAUGUAAGAUCGCACCCCCAGCAGUCACUGGCUCACUGGAGUUCGAGAGAAUAUUUCGUGCACAACAGAACUGUGGAGAGCUCUAUCCUGCAUUCAUCAUAACACUGUGGGUGGCUGGAUGGUAUUUCAACCAAGUCUAUGCGGCCUGUCUGGGUCUCGCCUACAUUUAUGCUCGUCACAAGUACUUCUGGGGCUACGCGGCCGCGGCUGAGAAAAGGGUCACUGGGUUCCAGCUGAGCAUGGGGAGUCUGGCCUUGCUCUCGGUCCUGGGCGCCCUGGGAAUCGCCAGGAACUUUCUGGGUUAGUACCCA